AAGAUUCUCUGUCUCUCUCUCUCUCUCCAUGGAUCGCUUCCUCUCGCCGGACUUCAACUCCCCGAUGAUCAACCCCUCUAACUUAUCACCUUCAGUUCGCCCUCCUAUUUCGGCGGAGAAGAUGGAAUCUCUGCAAGCCGUGGAGAAGAUCAUCAAUUACAGUUUCUCUAACAAGAGUCUUCUGGAGGAAGCUCUUACUCACACAUCAUGCGUCGACUUUCCUUCUUACGAGAGGCUUGAGUUCGUAGGCGACAGCGCCUUAGGUCUUACCCUCACGAACUACUUGUACCUCGCUUACCCUAACAUCGAACCGCACGAGCUGUCUCAGUUGAGAGCUACGAACGUAAGCAACGAGAAACUCGCUCGUGUAGCACUCAGACAUGGUCUCUACAGGUUCCUUCGACGCAAUUCUCCUUCGUUAGAUGAAAAGGUGACAGAGUUCUCAGAGGCGGUGUGGAAAGAAGAAGUUUCAAUUUAUUAUGGUGGAUUAGUGAAAGCUCCUAAAGUUCUCGCUGACCUCGUUGAGUCUAUAGCCGGAGCUGUCUAUAUAGAUGUCAACUUUGAUCUGCAAAGAUUCUGGGUGAUCUUCAGGGGUCUUUUGGAACCUAUAUUUACACUAGAUGAUCUGCAUCGGGAACCUCAGCCUAUUAGUAUGCUUUUCAAGUUAUGUCAUAGACAAGACAAGCGACUUGACAUCAGGUAUUUGAAAGAGGGCAAAAGCAAUGUCGCUGGUGUAUAUCUUGAUGAUGAGUUGUUUGCUUCCGGGAGUGCUGAGAACAAAGAUAUCGCGAAGCUGAUCGCUGCUAAGGAAGCAGUACGCAAGUUUUCUGAAUGCACGCCUGUUGCAAUGGUGAUUGAUGAGGGUAGUGUGGAGGUUGAACUUGAAGAUGCUAAGAGGAAGUUAUAUGAGAUUUGCUGCAAGAAAAAAUGGCCUAAACCAAUUUACAGUGUUGAGGAAGAACGUGGCACGGCAAAUGGGAAGAGAUUUGUUUGUUCAGCUAGUAUAAAGAUCCCUAGUGAAGAGAGUCCGUUAUAUAUGAAGGGGGAUGAAGAAUCCAAGAAAAAGAAAGCAGAAAACUCCUCAGCUUACCACAUGAUAAGAGCCCUAAGAAAAUCCAGUUAUCUCUAAUGGGUUCUUGAUUGAUGUUGUAAAGUUAUAAGAGUGCAAUCUGAGUCAUUCAGAAGAAAAAAACUUCUAUUAGGGUGAUUGUUGAGGAGAAGAAGAAGAAGAAAAACUAUUGUCUUGUGUCAGGCAAAUGUCUGUAUGUGUUGUAGUAGUAUUAGCUUUUGUUGCUGUUAUGGGGUUUGUGGUUUACACAUGUAAUUGACGGGAAUGUUCUCCUUGUCUAAGUGUUGUUGUAGUUUGUUUUUUGUUUCAAAUCUUCCUUGAACUUUUUAAUAAACCAACUUACAGCCAGGGCCGGCUCUGAAAAUUAUGCGGCCUAAAGCGAUUUCUUAACGAUUUUGCUUAAAAAAUUAUUUUAACGGAUUUGGG